UCGGGAGCGGCAGCCCUCGCUGCGGUUCCGGUUCCGGUUCCAGUUCCGGCUGGCGUCUGCACCUGCGACCACCGUGAGCAGUCAUGGCGUACUCCACAGUGCAGAGAGUCGCUCUGGCUUCUGGGCUUGUCCUGGCUCUGUCGCUGCUGCUGCCCAAGGCCUUCCUGUCCCGCGGGAAGCGGCAGGAGCCGCCGCCGACACCUGAAGGAAAAUUGGGCCGAUUUCCACCUAUGAUACAUCAUCACCAGGUACCCUCAGAUGGCCAGACUCCUGGGGCUCGUUUCCAGAGGUCUCACCUUGCAGAGGCAUUUGCAAAGGCCAAAGGAUCAGGUGGAGGUGCUGGAGGAGGAGGUAGUGGAAGAGGUCUGAUGGGGCAGAUUAUUCCAAUCUACGGUUUUGGGAUUUUUUUAUAUAUACUGUACAUUCUAUUUAAGCUCUCAAAGGGGAAAACAACUGCAGAGGUUGGGAAAUGCUAUACUGCCACGCCUGGGAACACCCACAGGAAAAUUACCAGUUUUGAGCUUGCUCAACUGCAAGAAAAACUGAAGGAGACAGAAGCAGCCAUGGAAAAAUUAAUCAACAGAGUGGGACCGAAUGGUGAGAGCUGCCACCUACCGUCUGGGUGGAGAACUACCCAGACUAUUAUAGACAGUUAUGUCUGAAAAAAUAUCUUUACACUCGCCUGGGCCAUUGGAAACCCCAGGCCACACCUACGGGUCAUGAAAACCAGGAAUCCAACUUACAAGGGAUGUGAAGGACCUCUUCAAGGAGAACUACAAACCACUGCUCAACGAAAUAAAAGAGGAUACAAACAAAUGGAAGAACAUUCCAUGCUCAUGGAUAGGAAGAAUCAAUAUUGUGAAAAUGGCCAUACUGCCCAAGGUAAUUUAUAGAUUCAAUGCCAUCCCCAUCAAGCUACCAAUGACUUUCUUCACAGAAUUGGAAAAAACUACUUUAAAGUUCAUAUGGAACCAAAAAAGAGCCCACAUUGCCAAGUCAAUCCUAAGCCAAAAGAACAAAGCUGGAGGCAUCAUGCUACCUGACUUCAAACUAUACUACAAGGCUACAGUAACCAAAACAGCAUGGUACUGGUACCAAAACAGAGAACAGACCAAUGGAACAGGACAGAGCCCUCAGCAGUAAUACCACACAUCUACAACUAUCUGAUCUUUGACAAAUCUGACAAAAACAAGAAAUGGGGAAAGGAUUCCCUAUUUAACAACUGGUGCUGGGGAAACUGGCUAACCAUAUGUAGAAAGCUGAAAAUGGAUCCCUUCCUUACACCUUAUACAAAAAUUAAUUCAAGAUGGAUUAAAGACUUAAAUGUUAGACCUAAAACCAUAAAAAUCCUAGAAGAAAACCUAGGCAAUACCAUUCAGGACAUAGGCAUGGGCAAGGACCUCAUGUCUAAAACACCAAAAGCAAUGGCAACAAAACCAGAAUUGAUAAAUGGGAUCUAAUUAAACUAAAAAGCUUCUGCACAGCAAAAGAAACUACCAUCAGAGUGAACAGGCAACCUACAGAAUGGGAAAAAAUUUUUGCAAUCUCCUCAUCUGACAAGGGGCUUAUAUCCAGAAUCUACAAUGAACUCAAACAAAUUUACAAGAAAAAAACAACCCCAUCAACAAGUGGGCGAAGGAUAUAAACAGACACUUCUCAAAAGAAGACAUUUAUGCAGCCAACAGACACAUGAGAAAAUGCUCUUCAUCACUGGCCAUCAGAGAAAUGCAAAUCAAAACCACAACGAGAUACCAUCUCACACCAGUUAGAAUGGCCAUCAUUAAAAAGUCAGGAAACAACAGAUGCUGGAGAGGAUGUGGAGAAAUAGGAACACUUUUACACUGUUGGUGGGACUGUAAACUAGUUCAACCAUUGUGGAAGUCAGUGUGACGAUUCCUCAGGGAUCUAGAACUAGAAAUACCAUUUGACCCAGCCAUCCCAUUACUGGGUAUAUACCCAAAGGAUUAUAAAUCAUGCUGCUAUAAAGACACAUGCACACAUAUGUUUAUUGCGGCACUAUUCACAAUAGCAAAGACUUGGAACUAACCCAAAUGUCCAUCAAUGAGAGACUGGAUUAAGAAAAUGUGGCACAUAUACACCAUGGAAUACUAUGCAGCUAUAAAAAAUGAUGAGCUCAUGUCCUUUGUAGGGACAUGGAUGAAGCUGGAAACCAUCAUUCUCAGCAAACUAUUGCAAGGACAAAAUACCAAACACUGCAUGUUCUCAUUCAUAGGUGGGAAUUGAACAGUGAGAACACUUGGACACAGGAAGGGGGACAUCACACUCCGGGGACUGUUGUGGGCUGAGGGGAGCGUGGAGGGAUAGCAUUAGGAGAUAUACCUAAUGUAAAUGACGAGUUAAUGGGUGCAGCACACCAACAUGGCAUAUGUAUACAUAUGUAACAAACCUGCACAUUGUGCACAUGUACCCUAGAACUUAAAGUAUAAUAAAAAAAUACAUAAAAAAAAAGAAAACCAUAGAUGAAACCUCUGUGGGCAGGGCCUCUCACUUGGGAGACCCAAUUCCUGGAGCUUGGGGUAAGAGACCAUAUGAAAAUAUUUUCUCAUUAUUAUUUACUGUUGAGUAGCAGACUCCCUUAACUCAAAUUACUCCACCAUUCAGUCCAUACACUAUCUAUAGCCCAAGCCAGGGAUGCAAUACUAUAACUCUACCUACUGUCUGUCCUCUUCAUGCCAGGUUUAUGUCUCCUUUUUUUUAUGUGCAAAGGCAGAGAAGCUGUCCCUAUACUACAUCUGGAGUUGUACUGUCUCAUUUCAGGGGCCACAGGUCCUAGCCCAGAAUGUUUACUUUUUAUACGAUGCUGAGGUGUGGACUCCUUGGGAACAUAAUGAUUGAAGCCUGCAGCAUAGCAAAGGUUGUGUAAAACUUUUUCCACCCUACCUCUUAGGAACUGGAGAGCAGCUGUCUUCCCACUGAAGUUUACCAAAUCUUUCAUUUUUUAGUUCUCAGAUGUGAUUUUUCUCUCUGACACUCCUUAAUCCAACACCUUUUAUCCUUACAGGUAGGCCCCAUGGGACUUAUGCCCUAAAAACUCUAAGGACUAGGCAGCCCAUAUGUUCGUAUGUUUUCUGUUGGUAUAACUGAAUACCACAGACUGGAUAAUUUAUAAAGAACAGAGGUUUAUUUAGCUCAUGGUUCUGGAGGCUGUGAAGUCCAAGGUUAACAGGCAGGUAUCUGGUGAGGGUCUUCUUGCUGCAGCAUCAUAUGGUGGAAAGGCGGAAGGGCAAGCAAGCACAUACAAAAGAGGGAGGCACCAGAGGCCAGCCCCACUUUAUAACAGCCCAUCUUGGGAUAACUAACCCACUGAGAUAAUGGCAUUAAUCUGUUCAUGAGGGCUCUGCUUUCAUGUCCUAAUCACUUCAUAAAGGUGCCACCACUUAAUACUGUUGCAAUGUCAAUUAAGUUUCAACAUGAGUAUAGGAGGAGACAAAUAUUCAAACCAUAGCACCAUGUUUCUACAUGUUUUCCCUUUUAUACUUACAGUUUGUGUCCUUUAACCUCAGUUUCUAUGGCAUUUGUUCUUUUACAAGUCUGUGUUCCUAUGACUAUUAGAAAAGGCCAAAAUAUUCCAGUAUUCUGUCAGAUCAAAAUUGUA